AUGUUUAAGUCACGACUAAGACUCUGGAAAGACAUUGGAAAGCACCGAGACCUGCCUGAAAAUAUCCGCGUGUAUCGCGGCGGGGUCUCGGAAUGCCAACACCAGUUGGUCAUUGGCAAAGAAGUACCUCUCAUGUGCAAAGCAUGCAAGGAAAUGUACCCGCCCGCCAAUCAGAAGAAGGGGCUUCCGCACUCCACGGUGGUCAUCGUCGGGAAGCGCCACCACAUUCGCUUCUACCCUACUCGAGAGGUCGAUGCGGACCGCUCAUCCAACCCGAAGCCCGGAACCAUAGUGGACCGAGGCGGAACCGCGCGACCCGCGCACUACUUCGUGGUGCCGGACGAGAUAUUUCGCAAUCGCUACAAACGUAUUCCGCUGCCCUUCCAGAACUUUGCUGAUCUGCUCGAAGAUCUGACGCAAAGCAUGUCUUACAUCUACGGGUGCGCCACAAAGGCCGUUAUUAUCUGCACGCCUGCCUACUACACUGAUAUCUUGUGCGAUCGAGCAAGAUGCUACCUAAGCGGAGUUUAUGACACCUCGACCUACUCAGCCGCAUCUUCAGUGGCCUGA